GUCUGCACAGUAAUAAUUUAAGUACGCAACGCUGAUAAGCACGUAGACUACCUGUCAGAAGACAGAUCUCUCAGGAAGAAAUGGAAGUUGAACGUUUCGUGACAAAGACCCUUGAGCUCCUGCAGGAGGAGAGAGAAGCUGAGAUUGAGGAGACAAGGCUAUGGCAGGAGAGUGUCUCUCUGAAGGAUCUUCAGAUCAAAGGAGUGUGUCUGCUGAAACUUCACAUAGGAAGUCAGUCAACGGGCCUAUAUGGACGGUCUCUUCUGGUGCUUGAGCCAAGGAAGCAUGUUGGUAGCUCAGUUCUUCCCAGUAACAGCUUUGGGCCUGGGGACAUUGUGGGUUUAUAUGACACGAGUGGUUGCAGUCCAUCCUCACAAAUUGGUACUGGGGUGGUGACACGCAUCAGCCAGACAUCUAUUACAGUAGCUUUUGAAGAUACCCAGGAUGGUCUCAACAUCGACAUGGAUGGUCUCUAUAACCUCCUGAAGCUUGCAAAUGAUGUCACCUACAAACGCAUGAAGAAGGCCCUAAAUACACUCAAUGGAUACGGCGGUGGACCAGCAUCUAGUUUGAUAGGUGUUCUCUUUGGCUACUCAGAACCUUCCCAGCUACAAUCCAGUGAUGUAGCUUUCUUCAACCAAGGCCUAGAUGAUUCUCAGCGAGAGGCGGUGUCCUUUGCGUUGUCUCAGAGGGAAGUGGCUGUUAUUCAUGGGCCACCAGGGACUGGGAAAACAACCACAGUGCUAGAAGUCAUCCUCCAAGCUGUAAAACAGGGACAGAAGGUCCUGUGCUGUGCUUCCUCUAACGUUGCUGUGGAUAACCUGGUAGAGCGCCUGGCUAAAUGCAAGGCCAAGGUCCUGAGACUGGGCCAUCCUGCCAGACUGCUGGAGUCCAUACAGAAACACUCCCUGGAUGCUGUCUUAGCCCAGAGCGACAACACUAACAUCAUAGCUGACAUCCGCAAAGACAUCGAUAAAGCCUUUAUGGGAAUGAAGAAGAUGCGUGACAAAGGAGAACGUUUUAAUCUGAAGCGAGAAGUUGGGGAGCUAAAGAAAGAGCUGAGAACCAGGGAAGCAACAGCCAUCACUCAGAUACUCAAGCGUGCCGAUGUUGUUUUAUCAACCAACACAGGUGCCUCUGCUGAUGGGCCUCUGAAGUACCUACCAGUGGAUCACUUUGAUUGGGUGGUGAUCGACGAGUGUGCCCAGGCACUGGAGAGCAGCUGCUGGAUCUCUCUGCUGAAAGCACGGAAGUGCGUUCUGGCUGGAGACUACAAGCAACUGCCGCCCACCAUCAAGUCACAUGCAGCUGCAGCCAAAGGGUUGUCUGUCAGUCUUAUGGAGAGGCUGAUUCAGAAGUAUGGGGACUCUGUUGUCCGGAUGCUGACCGUGCAGUACCGCAUGAACAGUGCCAUCAUGGAGUGGGCCUCAAAAGAGAUGUACCAGGGGAAGCUAACUGCCCACUGUUCAGUUGAGAAACACUUGUUAAAGGAUCUUCCUGGCGUUCUCAGUAAUGAAGAGACCAGCACCCCUCUUCUCCUGAUUGACACGGCAGGCUGUGGCCUGAGUGAGAUGGAGGUGGCCGAUGAGCAAUCGAAAGGCAAUCAGGGUGAGGUGGACAUUGUUGACUUGCACAUAAACGCCUUGACCACAGCUGGGUUGAAGGCCAGAGACAUUGCUGUUAUCGCCCCGUACAAUUUACAGGUACACUUACUGCGUCAGAAGCUCUCUGCCAAACAUCCUGAACUAGAGAUCAAGUCUGUGGACGGCUUCCAGGGAAGAGAGAAAGAAGCUGUUGUACUUUCAUUGGUGCGGUCUAACAGGAAAGGUGAAGUUGGAUUUCUCGCUGAAGACAGAAGAAUCAACGUGGCUGUGACCCGGGCCAGGCGUCACCUGACUGUGGUGUGUGAUACGCAGACAGUACAGAACCAUGGCUUCCUCAAGUCCCUGAUUGACCACAUGACUGAAGGUGGAGAGGUCCGGACAGCCUUCGAGUACCUCCAGGAUAUCGUGCCACAGAACUACACCCGUGACCACAAAGAGACCAAAACGAAUGCUAAUACUAAUGGCUCCUCCUCUGCUAAACAGAAGGCCGGGGCUCACCCAGGGGGCAAGGUCGGGGGUCAUCCAGGGGGCAAGGUAGAGAUGGGACACAAGAACCCAACUGUCAGUAAAAGCAAGGGAGGAGAGGCCACCUCAGGAUCUCACAUCAAGGACGGUUCUUCCACACUCACAGAGGAAGAACAGACAAAGAACAAAUACACCAAGAUCAAGGAUCAAAUCGAGGGCUUUCUGAAGGAGCCAAACCUGCCGGAACUACGAUUCCCAUCUUCGCUCAACUCCCAUGACAGACUCUUGGUCCACCAGAUCUCUGAGGAGCUGGGGCUGAGGCACGAGAGCCAGGGAGAGGGCAGGGACAGAUGCAUCACUGUGUCCAGACCACCACCAUCAGGACCGGGGCCUGAAAAGGGGGAGGUGGGGGACAGGCCCCCACACCCCACAGCGAAGGAAGUGGAAGAGAUUGAUCCAGAACCUAAAGCCGAAUCUUCAAAUAAACCCCUACUGGACCUAAAGACUCUCCAUCUGGAACGCAUGAGAAGGGAGCGAGAGAGAAGGGAGGAGAACAUGGAACUGAAAAAGCAGCAAGAUGCUGUCCGUACGAUGCAAAGUCAGCCCACUAAGAAGGCAAAGUCCAAAGGGAAGAGCCGUACAAAAGCAGGUGCCUCUGACAUUGCAGCUGCCGCUACUGUGGAAGACAACUUUGAUGCGCUCAUCAGUGCUGUGGUGAAGGCAGAGAGCGUGUGCAGUUUUGUCAAAUGCAAAGCCUUGGUUCUUUUACUAGGACAGCUCUGCCAGUUUUGUAAUAGACAGUACUGUCUUAGCCACCACAUACCUGAGGUUCAUGGCUGUGGGGACAAAGCCAAGUCCCAUGCUAGGAUGAGGAUAAGCAAAGAGGGCGUGCUUUAUGCUGGCAGUGGACAGAAGGACAAGUCAGUGGAUCCUAACAAGAAGGCCUAUCUGCACAGAAAACUGGAUUCCAGACUUAAAGACAUGGCAACUCAGAGGAAAACAAAACCAAAAGAGAAGGAAUGAGUUUUUAAUUCAAAUGUCUAAAUCACUUCAAUGUUCAACAGUAAUAAUCACGCUUGAACCACAGUAAAUAAUUAUUUCUUGCUGAUU